UGUCCGCACACUGUGGCGACAGGGGUGACGGUGACGGAGUGGAUCUCCGGGACGCAGGGGUGGCGAGGCCUGGAGGAGGGGUGGAGCGCGGAGGAGGCUGCGGUCCCGCCUCGCCCACCGCAGGGCCGGGCGCAGUGUCCGGCGAGCCCAGUGGUUAGCGAUGGCGCUGCUGUCGCUGCUGCCACCGCUGCUGCCGCUGCUGCUGGCGGUGCCGGCGGGCUCCGCCGAGGGCGCGGCGGCGGCACUCACCCCCGAGCGGCUUCUCGAGUGGCAGGAUAAAGGGAUCUUCAUUAUCCAAAGUGAGAACCUCGAGAAAUGCAUUCAAGCUGGCAAAUCUACACUGACCCUGGAGAGUUGCAAACCACCCAACAAGUACAUGCUGUGGAAGUGGGCUUCAAACCACCGCCUCUUUAACAUCGGAGGCAGCGGCUGCCUGGGCCUGAAUGUGUCUAAUCCAGAGCAGCCACUGAGCAUAUACGAGUGUGAUUCCACCCACAUUUCCUUGAAGUGGCGCUGUAACAGGAAGAUGAUCACCGGCCCGCUCCAGUACAUGGUCCAGGUGAAGCACGACAACACGCUUGUGGCCUCCUGGAAAUACCUUCAUAAGUGGGUUUCCUAUAUGUCAGGCGGUGGAGGCAUCUGUGAAUAUCUGAACAAAGAUUUGUAUACAAUCAAAGGGAAUGCCCACGGGACACCGUGCAUGUUUCCCUUCCAGUAUAACCGGCAGUGGCAUCAUGAAUGUACCCGGGAAGGGCGGGAAGACAACUUGCUGUGGUGUGCCACAACCAGCCGAUACGAAAGAGAUGAGAAGUGGGGAUUUUGCCCAGAUCCCACAUCUACAGAGGUGGGUUGUGACGCUGUCUGGGAGAAGGAUCUCAAUUCACACAUUUGCUACCAAUUCAACCUGCUUUCCUCCCUCUCCUGGAGCGAGGCACACUCUUCAUGCCAGAUGCAAGGAGGUGCUUUAUUAAGUAUUGCAGAUGAGACUGAAGAAAAUUUCAUAAGGAAGCACUUUGGCAAUGAAGCAGUGGAAGUAUGGAUAGGUCUGAAUCAGCUAGAUGAAAAUGCUGGUUGGCAGUGGUCGGAUAGAACACCACUCAACUAUCUGAACUGGAACCCAGAAAUAAAUUUUGAGCCAUUUGUUGAAUACCACUGUGGAACUUUUAAUGCAUUUAUGCCAAGUGCCUGGAGAAGUCGGGAUUGUGAGUCCACUUUGCCUUACAUAUGUAAAAAAUAUCUAAACCAUACUGAUCACGAAGUAGUCGAAAACGAUGCUUGGAAAUAUUAUGCUACCCACUGUGAGCCUGGUUGGAAUCCCCACAAUCGUAAUUGCUAUAAACUUCAGAAAGAAAGAAAGACCUGGAAUGAAGCUUUGCAUUCUUGCCAGUCCAAUAACAGUGCAUUAAUAGACAUAGAUUCGUUAGCAGAAGUGGAGUUUCUUGUAACCCUCCUUGGAGAUGAAAAUGCAUCAGAAACAUGGAUUGGUUUGAGCAACAAUAAAACUCCAGUUUCCUUUGAAUGGUCUGAUGGCUCCUCAGUCAUCUUUACUAAUUGGCACACUCUUGAGCCCCAAAUUUUUCCAAAUACAAGCCAGCUAUGUGUCUCAGCGGAGCAAUCUGAGGGACACUGGAAAGUUAAAAAUUGCAAAGAAACACUUUUUUACGUUUGUAAGAAGACAGGCCGUGUCCUUUCUGACACUGAAUCAGGUUGCCAAAAGGGAUGGGAGAGACAUGGUGGAUUCUGUUACAAAAUUGACACCGUCCUUCGAAGCUUUGACCACGCCUCCAGUGGUUACUACUGUCCUCCUGCACUUGUAACCAUUACAAACAGGUUUGAACAGGCUUUUAUUACCAGUUUGAUCAGUAGUGUGGUAAAAACGAAGGACACUUAUUUUUGGAUAGCUCUUCAAGAUCAAAAUGAUACAGGAGAAUACACUUGGAAGACGGCAGGGCAGAAGUCAGAGCCGGUGAAGUACACACACUGGAAUGCACGUCAGCCCCGCUACAGUGGUGGCUGUGUUGUCAUUCGAGGAAGGAGUCCCCCUGGUCGCUGGGAAGUGAAGGACUGUAGACACUUUAAGGCAAUGUCCCUGUGCAAGCAACCAGUGGAAAAUCAGGAGAAACCUGAGCAAGAAGAGAGAUGGCCCUUUUCCUCCUGCUAUUUGGAUUGGGAGUCAGAGCCUGGCCUGGCCAGUUGCUUCAAGGUAUUUCAUAGUGAAAAAGUUCUGACGAAAAGAACAUGGAGAGAAGCUGAAGAAUUUUGUGAAGAAUUUGGAGCUCAUCUUGCAAGCUUUGCCCAUAUCGAGGAAGAGAAUUUUGUGAAUGAGCUUUUACAUUCAAAAUUUAAUCGGACAGAAGAAAGGCAGUUCUGGAUUGGAUUUAACAAAAGAAACCCACUGAAUGCUGGCUCUUGGGAGUGGUCUGAUGGAACUCCUGUUGUCUCUUCAUUUUUAGACAAUAAUUAUUUUGGAGAAGAUGCAAGAAACUGUGCUGUUUAUAAGGCGAAUAAAACGUUGCUACCCUCAUACUGUGGUUCCAAACGUGAAUGGAUAUGCAAAAUUCCAAGAGAUGUGAGACCCAAGAUUCCACCCUGGUACCAGUAUGAUGCACCCUGGCUCUUUUAUCAGGAUGCAGAGUACCUUUUUCAUACCUCUGCCACGGAAUGGUCCUCCUUUGAGUUUGUCUGUGGCUGGCUGCGCAGUGAUAUUCUCACUAUUCAUUCUGAACGUGAACAAGAAUUCAUCCACGGCAAAAUAAGAGCGCUAUCAAAGUAUGGUGUAAACUGGUGGAUUGGACUUCGGGAAGAAAGAGUCAAUGAUGAAUUUCGAAACAAUGAAGUUGUGGCAAUGGGGGUCUACACUCCCAUACUCAAGCUGUGCCUUUUGAUGAAAAUCCCCAAGGACCCAAGCGAUUGGAAGAACUGGACAUCUGCUCAAGAUUUUUGUGUUGAAGAAGGGGGGACACUUGUCGCCAUUGAAAAUGAGGUGGAACAAGCUUUCAUUACUAUGAAUCUUUUUGGCCAUACCACUAAUGUGUGGAUAGGGUUACAAAAUGAUGAUUAUGAAAAAUGGCUAAAUGGAAGGCCCAUGUCAUAUUCUAAUUGGUCCCCAUUUGAUAUAGUAAAUAUUCCAAGUCAUAACACCACCGAAGUUCAAAAACGCAUUCCUCUCUGUGCCUUGCUGUCAAAUAAUCCUAAUUUUCAUUUCACUGGAAAAUGGUAUUUUGAAGACUGUAGAGAAGAAGGCUAUGGGUUUGUUUGUGAAAAAAUGCAGGAUACUUCUGGACACAGUAUAAAUACAUCUGAUAUGUACCCAAUCCCCAAUACCUUAGAAUAUGGAAACAGAACUUACAAAAUAAUUAAUGAAAAUAUGACUUGGUAUACAGCACUAAAAACCUGCCUGAUGCACGGAGCAGAACUGGUCAGCAUUACAGACCAGUACCACCAGUCUUUCCUCACUGUUAUCCUCAACCGGCUAGGACAUGCCCACUGGAUUGGACUGUUCACUGAAGAUAAUGGUCUUAAUUUUGACUGGUCAGAUGGCACCAAGUCCUCCUUCACUUUUUGGAAAGAUGAUGAGUCAUCCUUCCUGGGUGACUGUGUUUUCGCUGACACCAGUGGACACUGGAGUAGCACAGCCUGUGAGUCAUAUCUGCAAGGAGCCAUUUGUCAUGUGCCCACAGAAACAAGACCAUUUGGAUACCCAGAGUUGUGCUCAGAAACAUCUAUUCCCUGGAUAAAAUUCAAAAGUAAUUGCUACAGUUUUUCUACCGUCUUAGACAGUACGAGUUUUGAGGCUGCUCAUGAAUUUUGUAAAAAGGAAGGAUCUAAUCUUUUAACAAUCAAAGAUGAAGCUGAAAAUUCAUUUCUCCUAGACCAGCUUUUAGCUUUCAGUUCUUCUGUCAAGAUGGUUUGGCUGAAUGCUCAGUUUGAUGGUGACAAUGAAACCAUAAAGUGGUUUGAUGGAACUCUCGCAGACCAGUCAAACUGGGGUAUUAGGAAGCCAGAGAUGGACCACGUCAAACCCCAUCUGUGUGUUGCCCUGAGGAUUCCCGAAGGAGUGUGGCAGUUAUCCUCAUGUCAAGACAAAAAAGGAUUUAUAUGUAAAAUGGAAGCAGGACCAAGUCACAGCAUUAUACCCCUUGCAGUAGCAGUGACACUGAUAAUAAUUCUGGCCAUUUCCACACUUUCCUUCUGCAUAUACAAGCACAAUAGUGGUAUCUUCAGGAGACUUGCACAGUUUGGAAAUCCUUACUAUCCUGCAACCAACUUUAGUACAGUACAUUUAGAAGAAAAUAUUCUCAUUUCUGAUCUUGAGAAGAAUGACCAAUAAUAAUGAAGUGAGAGGAUGCCACGGCCAUGAGAAUGAGUAAAGAAGAGUACUUUCCUUUACAGACCAGAUGCCGCUCUAAUGUGAAUCGUGUCACCAUUUUAAUUAUUCUUAAAAUGAUUACUGGUUUUGAAUUGUAACCAAAUCAGAUAGGUGUUCAUUUCCUCGAACUGUGAUCUAUUCUUUAAAAGGGGAGAUUUUACAAUGGCUAUUCUUCAGAAAACAAAAACUAUUAAAAGAAACUCCCAAAUGAAAACUCUCAAACCAAUGUGAAUAAUAGUUUUUGCAUUAAUAUGCUUCUACCAAAAAUUUUUGGGAAUUUUAAAACUAACCUGAUAUCUAUUCAGACAUUUGCCAAUACUCAUUCCAUUAAAAGAGAGAGGCAGAGAAGAGCAAAACAAAUUUUAAAAUCCUACACUUGUAUAAGAGAGGAAAAAAGAAAAGGCUUUUGAGAGGUUUCUUGUUUGUUUUUUAAUUUGAUCAGUUUAACAGCAGGGUUUGGAAAACACUAAUUUCUAAGCUUAAAACUCACAGGUUCCGGGCUCUAUACUAGUAUUUAGGGUGACAUUCAUUUUUAUUAGUUCUGACUUCUCAAACUAAAGGAGAAGAAAAAUAACCUUUCUUUAAAUAGUAAAAAUCUUGGUUAGUAGCACAAUUUCAUAAGCAACCAUGCAAUGUGGCCUAAAAUCAUCAAUUACUAAAUGAUGACAAAGUUGGAUAGUUAAAAAAUCUUAUAGAUAAGCUCAGAGGGACUUAUUGUUAUCCUAAUACUGUUAAAAUUCACAAGAUUUAUCAAAGACUAAAGGUAUAAAAUGUAUAUAUACCACUCCUAACAACCAAAAGAUAUAAAAUGUAACUUGAAUUUAAAGGGGAAAAAUGAAAGAUGUGAAUUACAGUUUCAUUAGAACAAGACAAGUACUAAAUAAAUUACUCUUCAGCAGUAAUCUAGAUACCUUUGCUAUAUAAAGGAGUUUAUUUGGGGAGUUCUACUGAGUAAACUAGGGUUUGGGGGAACCAACUCCAUUUGCAUUGGGCUAGUUCAUGCAGUCAGUAAAAAAUGAUUAAAAGUAUGAUACUAUCCAUAAAUUAAAACUCACAGAUUUGAUCUUCCUUCAUUAAUUUCUUAUGAAGUAAAAGGACUUCAUAAUCAAUGUUCAAAAGUUUACUCAUUGCGUAAAUGUUUACUGAGUUCCUGUUAAGAACCAAGAGCCAUUCUAGAAAUUGGAGGUAUUGGGGCGAGCACUUAUUUUUGAAUGAAGGAAAACCUACAGUAAACCAGUAAAGAAAUGCAUAAGAAGAAAAUAUCAGGUGGUCAUGAAAAUUAAGGUUCUGUGAUAGAGAGAAACUGGGGGAGUCUCCCUAGAGUGUGCAUUUUAGUUAUUACAGCUAGCUGCCUCAAAACUGGUGACAAGCAGUCACAAGAUGGAGCUUGGGAGAAAGUAUGAAUAAGUUUCUAAGUGGAAAACUAUCAUCAUUAGAAAUACAAUUUGAAGAACGUGUCCUAAGAAUGAAGUCCUUGCAGGCUGAAACAGUUAACACAGCUUCCAAAAGCAGCUCUUUGCUACUGCUGUGCAGUUUACACACUGAGACAAUCUACUUCCAUAAUUUUGUUUGUUUGGGGACUUUUUUUUUUUUAAGAUACUACAUUAUGUGACAGUUGUAUAUUUAUGACUCAAAGGAAAAAUUGGCUUGGAUUAACCAGAUGUUAUAAAAGCUCAAUUUAAUAAUCUGUCAAGUGAAAUUAAAGUUCUGUUCUUUUUAGUAGACUUGGUAAAAACUGCUAAUCAAUUAUCCUUCCAGUCAAGGUAUAUUGAAGUUGAGUAGUCAGUCACACAUAAAAAUUUGACAAAGUAUGUCAUUAGUAAAGUGGUUCUGCAGGAAAAAAAAAAACUGUAUUGCUUGUCAGUGCUCUGUACUUUGAUAUUUAGUACUGAACCACAUCCUAAUGGACAGAUCAUGCGCUGCUUCCCAUUACUGAAAUUUCAGAAAUAGGAAUUACUGAAAUACUGUUUUAUUCACAUACGUGCACUUUUAAAAACUUUCUUCCACAACUAUUUUUAAUCUGAGCUAGAUUUCAUGCUAUACAUGAAAAGAAAAAAGUAGCAGGGUCACAAACUCAUUCACACGUAAUUAAUGUGCCCCCUCCAAAAAACAGUCAAUUAUUUUCUAUAACUCUGAGUAAUAGAAAAUCUUGGAUUUUUCCAAUUGAAGGUAUACUGGGCUCUUCCAAUUCCAACAGUCUUCUUUCAGUUUAAAUGUUUCUUCUAUUGAAAGUUCCAUUCCCUAUCAAGGGUGCAUUACAUGGUCUCACUAGAUAAACAUUCAGUCUUCCGGAGUUUCCAUUCCCUCCUCAAAAUGGUGGUUGGAUGUAUGAGAACUUGUUGUGUCCUUGUGGUACUGUGGGGAGUAGGUGAUAACUGACUGUGUCUGUGUUAUCUGGUGUCCACUGAUGGUAGCUGUCUGGCCCACACCUGGGAAUUCUACUGGCGUCUCUAUGAAGUCUGUAUUUGGUGUAACCUGUAGUCUAGUCUCUUUGGACUGGCCCCAUCCUGGCUUUCCCUGGCAUUGCCUUAUCCCUGGCUGUGACUCCCAUUCAAUUCCGUACCUGGACAUUACAGUUCUUGGCAAUAAGGCCAUGUCACCUCUGCAGCACUAUCAGUUACUCCCUUGGUCGGGGAGGCUUAAUACUGGACCAAACAAUCCCAAAAUCUCAUUGGCUUAACACAGCAAAGGUUUAUUUUUCAUCCACACUAACAUGGGGUUGCAGGAAGACUUCAGUUAUUCAUUGGUCCAGGCUCCUCCUAAAUAGUAGGUCCUCCAUCUCCUAAGGCCUUGGUUGCCUCAGUGGGUCCCCUACCUCUGCCUGACAGAAGAAGUUAGAGAUCUAUCUUCGAUUAAUUAUGUAGCUUCCAUGGGCUAUUGAAAUACAUUCUCUAAGUUAACAGUCUUUAAAUUGAGAAUAUGUACCCUGUGGAUACAUAAAGACUUCCAAGGGAUACAGGGGCAUGGAUUUUUUUUUUUUUUUUUUUUUA